UGGGCUCAUAUGUGGGUAAGUUUCCCACUUACGGCAUUGAAAUUGACUAUACAGUGCAAUAUAUAGUGUUUAUAGACUCCGCUGGUAAAAUUGGUCGAUGAGCAGCGGGGAUCAACGUUCCAUUUCUGAACAGGAAACGUACAGUUGAGGGGCACAGGGUAUUACGCGUUAUAAAUUACAUGUGGACCGCAGACACUUUAAAAACCCAUGCACAGGAUCCAAAAAUGGUGUCUCGGACCCGUCCAAUCAAGAUUACCGCAGUAGGGGACGGUAUGGUUGGAAAAACUUGCAUGCUUAUCACGUACACGAACAAGAAAUUUCCAACGGAUUACGUUCCGACCGUUUUCGACAACUACGCAGACAACAUUUGCGUAAAUGGACAGGAUUUUAGCAUGGCGCUGUGGGACACGGCCGGUCAGGAAGAUUACGAAAGACUGAGGCCUUUGUCGUAUCCAAAUACCGAUUGUUUCCUGCUCUGCUUCUCGGUGAGCGCUCGCAGUUCUUAUGCGAAUGUGUCCAGCAAGUGGUAUCCUGAAAUUAAGUUUCACUGUCCUAAUACACCGAUCGUCCUUGUUGGUACCAAAGGCGAUCUCAGAAACGAAGAGGGUCCGGACAUAAUAUCAUUGAGAGAAUGUAAAAAAAUGAAAAAGAAGAUUAAAGCCUUUAAAUACGUGGAAUGUUCAGCAAUGAAACAGGAGGGCCUGGAAGAAGUCUUCGUAGAAGCAAUUAAAGCCGUCUUAAAGAAACCAAGAUCAAGAAAACUUAGUUGCCUCUAGUAAAGUAUUAAUAUGCAUAACGCAAAAUCGGUAAAAUAAAAAUGAUUACAGUAACGAAAAUGGAACGAAAUGUUAAUAAUGAAGGCAUAAAAAUGUCUUUCACAUCUACAGUCCCAAAGAGACUCUCCUGUGUGCUCAUCGAAGAACUCAUAACCAAAGAUAUUUCCUGCAACCCUCGUCUCUUGUUUUUGUAUAAAAAUGCGUUUAAAAAAGCCGGCUAACGUACAAAUAGCCGAAAUAAAAAAUUUGUUAAUGAAA